AUGUUUUCCACAAAAUCGGCCCAGUCGCUUCGGAGGCUGUUCGCCGGCUACCACGAACCGCUGCCUCUAUCGAAGCAGCAGUCCCAGAAGCUCCUUGAUGGCCUCAAGACGUCCUUUCGAAACCAGCUCGACCUCGAAUACGGACAAGGACCGGAUGACGCAGACACCACGAGACCCAAAUCGACGGGCCAACGCCGGCAGAUGCGGUACUCGGCCGCGAGCCAACAUCUCAAGUCGAUCCUUUCGAACCCUCUGUUCAGCUACGGCAAGGACGCGCCCGCACAGAGCAUCAUGGGCCCGCUAGCCAUGCCGAAGCGAGAUCCCAUGCACGUCUUUGACCAUGGCGUCGCGAGGGGUAUGAUGACGCUCAAGGCGGCGACCGGCUGUGUCAUGGCCAAGAAACUGAUCUUGUCGGACUCGGUCGCCGACUUGGCCUCCUCGGAGACGGCCAUUCGCGUCGUCCGGUGGCUCCGAUCCUCCGGUGCCGAGGCGGACCUUGGAUUCCUCGACAACCAACCCUUCAUCCGUGCCCUCGUUCCCUUCCUAAUCGCCGAACGCUUGGAGAGCGUCGCCUGGGAAUGGAUUUCUCGCGCCGCCGACGAUGGUGCGGCCCACAUGGACGACUCUCACCGUCUCAGGCGCGCAUCAUUUGUCCUCGCCGAGUUCGUGCGGACCAAAAGUCAACCGCAGCACGGGAACCUUGACGCGGCCAUCAAAACCAUGCUGGAGGCCGAGCAGCGCUUCCGCAAGAACCCGUCGCUGCCCGAUCUUCUGAUUCUGCCCUGGAGGUCGCUCUCGUGGCUCUCCACCGUCGAGUCCUACAGCAGAAUGGCACCGUCGGAGAAGCUCUUCGACGCCCACAUGGCCACGGCCGACCUCCUUCGACGGCCCUUCACCGUCGAAAGGGCCCAUCUUCACCUCCACCACCCCACCCACCCCGAUCACACCGCUGCCAUGCAAUUCUUCAGCGACAAAAAGACGCUGCGGAAGCUCGUUCACAGGCUGAGCCCCGAGAAGCUGGACCUCGCAAAGCUCAAAGGCAUGAGCAUCAUUCCCUGGAUAGCUUUCCUCGGUCACGACACCGUCAACCACCUGACGCAAUCCGGUAGAUGUCAGGAGGCCGAGAGCGUGACGGAGCUGCUCCGAUCCGAGCUGGCUGACCUAUUUACCGACUCGCCCUCGCCAAGCCCAGGGUGA